GAUUUUUUUACUCCACUCAUUUCUCCUGAAGGAUGAGAUCCCUGAAACACCUCAAACAUCACUCCAGGAACAAUGUGGAGGAGGAGAGUAGCCGCUUGUUGCGGACCUACUCCAAGAUGACAGAGAGCCAUGUGGAUGUGGGCACGCAGACGGAGCCUGUGGUCGUGCUAUCUCUGGCUCAGGCUGCCGUUCUUGGCCUCAUCUCCCAGAAUGAAAUCUUUGGGGCCACUAUUGCUCCUAAUGGCUUUUACAAAGGGGAGCCCAGAGAGUGCCCCCCUCCUCCACCUGAGGCAAUGGAGUAUGAGUAUGCAGAUCAGCUAAUAGGGGCCAACGGGGACUACCUAGCUGAGCCCGCUGGGGAGCCGGAGCCCCAACCCCACUGCAGUGAGAGAAGACGGCCCGGGCCCCGUGGGAGGACAAAGAGGCCCAAGAGUGAGGAGGGUCCCCCACACAAAGUAGCAAGUCCACAAGCUCAGGUUAAAGGUGAACGGCUUGAGUCUGAUACCCCUCCUUCCUGCAUUCACAUGAACAGUAGGCAAAGUCCUGGCAAGUCAGAGGAUCCAGUCGCCCAACAAGGUUCUCUAAAAGAGUGUGUGAGCGAUACACCCAGGUCACAAACAGACAGACAGCCGGAAAAGGAAGAAGAAGAAAACACUGGUAGAGAAAGAGAGAGGAAAGAAGAAGACUUGGUGGUGGAGGAAGAAGAAGAGGAAGAGGCACUAAACCUCAAGACAGGUGGUGACACUGGCAGUCCUCUGGAGAGCCGCUAUUAUGAGCCCAAUGAGGUGGCCUACGAGUCCGCUGACAUGGCCCUGCCAGGAGAGUAUGAGGAGAACGGCCAGGCCAUGCUGUGGUCAGACCCAGAGGGCCUUGCCAGGCGAAUGCAGAUCGACCGGCUGGACAUUAACGUACAGAUCGACGAGUCUUACUGCGUAGAUGUGGGAGAGGGUCUGAAACGCUGGAAGUGCCGCAUGUGUGAGAAGUCAUACACAUCCAAAUACAACCUUGUCACUCAUAUUCUGGGCCAUAAUGGAAUUAAGCCCCAUGAAUGUCUACACUGUGGAAAGCUCUUCAAGCAGCCAAGUCACCUCCAGACUCACCUGCUCACCCACCAGGGAACCAGACCUCACAAGUGCACCGUUUGUGAGAAGGCCUUCACGCAGACCAGCCACCUGAAGCGGCACAUGCUGCAGCAUUCGGACGUCAAGCCCUACAGCUGCCGCUUCUGUGGCCGCGGCUUUGCCUACCCCAGCGAGCUGAGGACCCACGAGAACAAACAUGAGAAUGGUCAGUGCCAUGUCUGCACCCAGUGUGGUCUCGAGUUCCCAACCUACGCACACCUGAAGCGUCACCUGGCCAGCCACCAGGGUCCGACCACAUACCAGUGCACAGAGUGCCACAAGUCCUUUGCUUACCGCAGCCAGCUGCAGAACCACUUGAUGAAACACCAGAACGUGCGGCCCUACGUUUGCCCUGAAUGCGGCAUGGAGUUUGUCCAGAUCCACCACCUCCGACAACACGCUCUCACUCACAAGGGUAUGAAAGAAUUCAAGUGUGAUGUCUGUGCCAGAGAGUUCACCCUGUCUGCCAACCUGAAGAGACACAUGUUGAUUCAUGCCAGUGUGAGGCCCUUCCAGUGCCACGUCUGCUUCAAGACCUUUGUCCAGAAGCAGACCCUUAAAACGCACAUGAUUGUCCACCUGCCGGUGAAGCCUUUCAAAUGCAAGGUGUGCGGAAAGUCUUUCAACAGAAUGUACAACCUCCUCGGCCACAUGCACCUCCACGCCGGCAGCAAGCCCUUCAAGUGCCCUUACUGCACCAGCAAGUUCAACCUGAAGGGCAACCUCAGCCGACACAUGAAGGUUAAACACGGCAUCAUGGACACCUCAAUAGAUGGACAAGAACCCCCCCAAGACACAGAUGGCCAGGAGGACUACGAAGAGGAGAGCUUUGAAUUCAGCGAGCGAGAAAACCGAGCUAACAACAACAACACACCAGACAUUGCUAAACUAUCUCAAAUGGAGUAUUACAGCACCUAUGGACCCCUUUACCAAAGAAUUGGAUCAAAUCUUGCAGCUACGGGGACUGUAAGUCUCUUUUCCUUGCUGUUGUGUUGAGCUGGGACAUUGGAUUUCUUGGGGUCCAAUCGCAGACCUCAUGAAAUUACAUUCAGGUUUCCCUCCCACCCAUCUGUAGAUCUCCUCAAAAGAUUACCACAGAGAACAGGCUGUGGUACAGCUUCUCUUUCAACAAUCCUCACCAUUUCCCUCAUCCAGGCCUUCACAAGACGAGACUGCAGCAUUUUUCCAAAAGCAAUGCAAACCCUGCAUUCAUAUUGCAGUUCUGUUUUUUUAUGGAUGAAUCUCAACAAGAAGUGUCCCAAAAAAAAA